UUGGCCGAACACUGUGAUAAACGUUUCAAAAUUGUAUAAAUCGCAAUGAAAUAGGAACAUCAUUGAUAGCAUUGGUAAAUUGGUAUUUGUAGUAUUUUGCAUCGAUUUCUCUGGCGGCCCAUACGAGUUACUUACGGUGGAGCGGUGAACGAAUGAAUUACCGUUCUGCGCUGCGUACUGAAAUCCGGUAUUACCGUUGCGACAGCGGUCGUUCAGUCGUUACUCGUUAGCAUUCCGAAGCGCACGUAAAACGUCGAGACACGUCGACGCGGGCGUCGCAGUGUCGCACUCAGUCGCAGUCGAUCCGUGGUAUUUACGUAUUAACCGUCAUCCAGUCAGGUGUUCGUCAGUCGUCUACACGUUUGGACAUUGCGCAGUUCCGGGCGUCCGUACCCCCGGAAGAUGAGUGAACAAGCGGAAAACAAGCCCGUGAGGGUCUGGUGCGACGGGUGUUUUGACAUGGUGCACUUUGGUCACGCAAACUCGCUACGACAAGCCAAAGCGUUGGGACAUUAUCUGGUCGUAGGCAUACACACCGAUGACGAAAUCACAAAGCACAAAGGUCCACCGGUUUUCACAGAACAAGAGAGGUCCAAAAUGGUGAGAGCCAUAAAAUGGGUGGAUGAAGUAGUAGAAGGGGCUCCUUACGUUACAAAUCUCGAAACUUUGGAUCAACAUAAUUGUGACUUUUGUGUUCAUGGAGAUGAUAUAACAGUUACAGCAGAUGGAGUUGAUACUUAUCAUCUUGUUAAAAAAGCGAACAGAUAUAAGGAAGUGAAACGAACUGAAGGAAUUUCAACUACGGAUGUAGUUAGCCGCAUGUUGUUAAUGACAAGACAACAUUUUUACAAGGGUGAUAAAGAAUAUGAAGUGGAGAAAGAGCAUUCCUCAGUGAUGGGUCAAGACAAGGCUGCCAGAAGUCCAUGGACUGGAUGUUCACAAUUCUUACCUACUACCAAUAAAAUAAUUCAAUUCAGUGAAGGCAUCGAACCUAAGCCCACUGAUAGAGUAGUAUACGUUGCUGGUGCUUUCGAUAUAUUUCACGUUGGUCACUUGGAUUUUUUAGAAAAAGCCCAUCAGCAUGGUAAUUUUCUUAUUGUUGGAUUGCACACGGAUCCAGUGGUUAACCAAUACAAAGGCUUGAAUUACCCAAUUAUGAAUUUACAUGAACGAGUCUUGAGUGUUCUUGCCUGCAAAUAUGUAUCUGAAGUUGUUAUUGGAGCGCCGUACAGUGUAACGGCUGAUUUAAUGAAACAUUUUCAUGUUGAUGUUGUGUGCCAUGGUAAAACACCAGUAAAAAUGGAUAUAAACGGUGAAGACCCAUACGCGCUUCCAAAAUCGAUGAAUAAAUUUGUGAUAGUUGAUUCAGAAAAUAACAUGACUACAGAAAAGAUUGUCGAGCGUAUUAUAAUUCAUAGACUCGAGUUUGAAGCUAGGAAUUUCAAAAAAGAAGCUAAGGAGUUGGCAAUCAUCAAACAAAUGGAAGACCAGUUAGAAAAAAUAAAAGUAGGAUCAUGCUAGUAUUGUUUGAGUUAAUUUUUAAUCGAUCGUAAAUUGUGCUUAUAUUAAAUCAUGUAAUUGGUUAUUCAUCCAAAUAAUUUUAAUACCAUGUUACCAAUCAAUACAUUGAUCAUUUUCUUCUCUAUGUAUCUGUAUUUGUUGUUUGAUUUAUAUUUAUUUAUUAUUUAUUAUUAUUAUUGGCUAAUUAUACAAUACCUACAAUACCUUUAAACUAAUUUAUGUUUUUAUGUUUUAAAGUAUUAAGUACAUACCUAAGACCUAUUAAUUAUUAUCCAUCUGAACCUACCCGGGAUUUUUACUAUAUCCACUGAAUAAAUUAAUAGAAAAAUAAAUGAAGUUUUUUCUGUGAUACAUUAAUUAUUUGAUAUUAUAUAGACGGUGAUGGACGUUUAGGGUACUUGGUUUGGUUAAUUUUAUUUAUUUUUAUUAAUUUUGUUAAACAUUUGUUAUAAAAUGUAGUGCCAAAAAUAAUAAACAUAAGCAUAUUGUCAAAAAUUACAUUACUUACAGAAACAUAUUGUCUGUUGUUUCCAUUCUAGUUAAAACAAAUUAUUUGUAUUUUAACUAAUUACAAAAAAGUAAUUAAAAAAAAUACUUAACAACUAAUUACAUUUUUAAUCACUAGGAUGUCUGUAAUGGAUAGCUGCAUUUAUAUUUAUGUCCUAAAUGUAUAUAGAGCAUAAA